CCUGUGCGCGCGCCCGCGGUCGUGUUUACUGGGCUGCGGUUCUCCGCCUCGCGCGUUCACACGGUCUGAGCGUGUUAUGAUCGCUUCUUCUGCUUACAUCGCUCCUCUGAGUGCGCCAUUAACGCGCGCCGGACGCGUCAGCGCGGUGGAAACGGCCGGUUAACGAUGUAUCGCUCUCUGUUCGCCUUCAGCUCGGCGGAGCGGAACGCGCUGCGCUUCCCCGCGGGAGACUCUUUCCUCGUGCUCGAGCGCAGCAGCGCGCACUGGUGGCUCGCGACGCGCUGCACCUCCGGCGAGACGGGAUACAUCCCCGCCGCAUACCUCGAGAAGAUACCGGCUCCAGAGCAGGACGAGGUGCUGCAGUCUGUUGAUCAAGCCAUUGAAGCCAUUCACAAUGUGGCCAUGACCAACGGAGGCAAAUACAACCUGGAGCAGAGAGACAUCCUGCAGAAGUUGAUCCACCACAGGAAGGAGACUCUGUCCCGCAGAAGCCCGACUCCAUCCGGUCACAAGCAGAAGAUCCCAUCCUCCUCCAGCGAGGUGUCACUGAGCCACGCGCCGCAGCCUCCCAACGGCCUGAGCCGAGCCUACAGCUGCCAGGGCAGCGAGCCGAUGUCCGAGCGUCCCGCUAGCGUUCCUGGACUCUAUCAGGUUCCUCAGCCUCGCAGAGCGGCGCCCGUGACUCCGCCUCCUCCGGAGAAACACCGCGAGUUACGACGCAACGAUCCAGAGGUGCCACUGAGAGUUUCCUCCACAAGCCCUGCCCCCAGGCCUGUCCCUCCCACUGGGCCCUCUCUGUCUGUAAGCUCCGCCUCCUUAGACUCCAGCUCCUCCCACUCUGGCGUUUCCUCAGAUGUCAGUCUUCCCAGCAUCAGCAGCACUCCGCCCCCUGUGCCAAAACGAGGCAAAGCUCCGCCCCCUCCUCUGCCUGACCGAUCCCCUCAGGAAGAGCCUUCUAAAAAGAGUUCACAGGCUCCUCCCCCUCCCGUGCCUGACCAGUCCCCUUCUCCAGACCCUUCGAAGAAGAAGCCGGUGCCUCAGCCAAUCAGUCAACAGCCUGCUGCCGAACACCAAUCGGACGUGGAGUGGCCGCUGGGCCCGCCCCCUGCUUCUCUCAGCGCUCCUAGUAGCCCCACCCAGUCUGCAGCCAUUCCCGUGACCAUCGGAGCGGAAAUGAUUGAACUGGUGCGCAAGAACACGGGCCUUAGUUACGAGUUGUCGCGGGUUGCCGUGGGUGUGGUGGUGGGUCACCUGCAGAGUGCGUUGCCGAGGGCGACGGCGGACCUGGAGCAGGUGCUGCUGUCGCUGGUGGAGAGUAAGGAUCUGGGCGUGGCGCUGCCGCUUGGCCGGGUGUGUCACGACGAGCAGCGGCUGCAGGUGAUCUUUAGCGAUCUGGCGCGACACCGUGAUGACUCGCAGCAGCGCAGCUGGGCUCUGUAUGAAGAUCACGCACUCAUCGCAUGUUACCUGGAGGAGUUACUGCAGAUACUGACUGACGCGGAUCCUGAGGUGUGUAAGAAGAUGUGUCGCGUGAACGAGUAUGAGGCGGUUCUGUCGCUGGUGUCGUAUUAUCAGAUGGAGCACCGCGUGUCGCUGCGGCUGCUGCUGCUGAAGGUGUUCGGGGCGAUGUGCGGUCUGGACGCGGCGCUGAUCUCCACCCUCCUGAACUCCGUCCUGACCAUGGAGCUGGCGAGGGACCUGCAGACGGACACUCAGGAGCAUGAGAAGAUGUGCUACAGCGCGCUGCUGAUGGCCAUGAUCUUCUGCAGGGGCGAGCAGAUCCCGCUGCAUCACUACGAGCAUCUGAACGCUGCUUUCCUGCAGUUCCUGCUGGACGUGAUUGAGGACGGCUUGCCCUCCGACUCCACAGAGCAGCUGCCGGACCUCUUCAUCAACCUGCUGCUGGCCUUCAACCUGCACCUCAGCGUACCGGAGAGUAACAUCGUGAUGCAGGCACUGAUCAAGACACACAAUGUGAAGAUUCUCACUGAGAAACUCUUAUUACUGCUCAACAGAGGAGAGGAUCCAGUGUGUGUGUUCGAUCACGCUCCUCCUGCGCCGCACUCAGUGCUCAAGUUCCUGCAGGAUGUGUUCUCCAGUCGAGACACGGCUGAUAUCUUCUACCGCAGCGACCUGAUGGUGAUGAUCGACAUCGCAGUGAGACAGAUCUCAGACCUGUCGCCCGGUGACAGAAUGCGGAUGGAGUAUCUGUCUCUCAUGCUGGCUCUCAUGCGCUCCACUGACUAUCUGGAGCACCGGCACCGGCUGAGCGACCUGCAGGUGGCGCUGCAGAGGAUCCUGGGAGAAGAGGAGGACUGUGGGGAGGAUCCGGGCUCCAGCAGACAGAUGGACAAACUCAUCGUGCAGCAGAUCCGCCAGGAGUUCCCUCAGAUCUAUAGAGACUGAGUGUGUAGAGUGUGUUAGUCUUAACACUCGCCAGAUCACACACGUUCUCUCUGUUUCCCAGCUGAUUCACUGAACUGUAACCCUUGACCUCUGAGUAGCCCCGCCAUCCUUCAGCAGUGAGGGGAAUAUGAUCUUUACAGUAUUAAUGCAGAUCUGUGUUUGUGCUGAUCACGUCUGAUGCAGCUUUGUGCGAAAUUAUCUAUUUUUCCUCAUGUUGUUGUUCAGAAGGGAAACGGUAACAAUAUAUUUUCUUAACGUUGAAAGACUAAUAAAAUGCUGCCAUCCUAAUGCACCUAAAA